UGUAUCCUGCGGUGAUAACCAGGUGGAGUCUACCUGGCGUCCGAUGAUCAAGAAUUUGUUUUGUUUUGUUAGGUCUUUUUCUUUUUGGUUUUUAGCCAGGCAAACUUGGAGCAUGAGCGGCUCUGGCAGUCAGUGAUCGAAAUUCCCACGGGCCAAAAACCCUUAAACCCCUGUAUUUCAUUACUCUUCUCGUCUCUGCGGUAUCUGCCUCCAGCAUGGGCGAGUCUGGCAAGAAAUCAGAUCUCGGUUUUGACGCUGCUGUUGCUGGAGUCUCACCAUCGAAGUCUGCCAUGAUUGAAACUUUCGUGUGGUUGUUUCCGUACUUUGAUAUUGAUAUAGGAAAGAGAGAAAGUGAAGAUGAACCUGAGAAGCAAGUGACUGCAAAGAAGCAGAAGAGAGACUGGGAUGCUGAAAAUCAAAAGAAGGAAAGUAGUUCAGAUGACUCCUUUUUAGAUUCUGCAAACUCAGAUGAAGAUUCUGCUUUGAAUGAUUCCAACGUAGCCCCUGCUGAAGGUAAGAGUGGGCCCAGUGCUGUACGGAAGAAAGGCGAAUCAAGAUCAGAUACCGGGAGUAGCUCAGUUGAUAAAGAUGAUAUAAAAAUAGAAGCAACCAUAGUGCGUGAGAAAUUGCCUAAUGCUGGUGAGAAAGAGCCUGCUAAGAAAGUUGAUUCAAGCAAACCCUCAGGCUUAGAUUCUGACAGCAAAACUAAUGAGGAUAUGGACAAUGUAACCACAUCAUCGAAGAAGUCGCUUGCUACUUCUGCUGCAGGUAAUAAUAAAUCCACUCAUAAGUUUGUGUCAAGCAAUGACUCAUCCCUGGAUAGUGGCUUAGAUGAGGAUGAUGUUCAGAAGACUCGCUUAACGUCAUCAUCUAAGAAGCUGCUUGCUUCUGCAGUUGUUCAAAGGGAGGGAAUUGGGAAAAAUGAGAACCCCUGCUAUGGAUCAAGAGAAGGAUUUGAUGAGUGCAAUGUUUCAGAAGGAAACGAAGAGAUCGAGGAGAAACCUUGUACAACUCAGAAAGAUGUGAAAGAUGAAGAAAUGGUUGAUGUUACCUCAAUGGGAGCAACUAGAAAGGGAGUUCCUAAAACAGCGUUGACUUUAGAAAAACAAAAUGCCACAUCGAAAAAGAUAUUUGUUGGGAACUUAUCAUUAGAGAUGAAAAGGGCCAAUUUGGAAAAUCUAUUUAAGGGUUGUGGAGAAAUUGUUGAUGUCUCGUUUGGUUUAUAUCGUGACGGGACUUUUAGAGGCUUUGCUCAUGUUGAGUUUGCCACUGAAGAAGCUGCACAGAAUGCCCUUAUGUUGAAUGGGAGUGAGCUGUUAAGACGUUUUGUCAGAAUUGAGAUAGCCCGUGAAAAGUUUGCAUAUACCCCUAAUAGCAGGAACAACACAUUGAAGGGUUUUCAAGCAUUCUCUGGAGAUGGUGAGCCUACAAUGUCAGCUACUUCAAAAGAACAAAAUGCCACAUCAAAGAUGCUAUUUGUUGGAAACUUGUCAUAUAGCGUGGAAAGGGCGGAUUUGGAAAAUUUAUUUAAAGAUUGUGGAGAAAUUGUUGAUAUUCGAUUUGCUACAGACCGUGAAGGGAGGUUUAAAGGCUUCGCACACGUUUUGUUUGCCACAGAGGCAGCAGCACAAAUUGCCCUUAUGUUGAACGGGAAAGAACUGUUGAGACGUUCUCUCAGGCUUGAUCUAGCUCAUGAAAGGGGUGUAUAUUCCCACAGUAGCAACAACAGGAAUGAAUCAUCCCAGGAGGAUAAAUCGUUAGGAGGGAAUGAGGCUAAAAUGCCAGCUGCUCCAAAAGAACAAAAUGCCACAUCAAAGACAGUAUUUGUUGGAAACCUGUCGUAUAGCGUGGAAAGGGCUGAUUUGUACGUACUAUUUGAUAUGCAAGUUCUCGGUAGUUAUUUCAUACGGUGUCAUGGAAAAUUGUUUAAAGAUUGUGGAGAAAUUAUUGAUAUCCGUUUAGCUACAGAUCGUGAAGGGAGGUUUAAAGGAUUCGGACAUAUUGAGUUUGCCACUUAUGAAGCGGCACAAACUGCCCUUAAGUUGAAUGGAAGCGAACUGUUGAGACAAUAUAUAAGGCUUGAUUUGGCUCAUGAAAAGAUUGUGCAUUCUUUCAAUAGCGGCAUUCAUGGGAACACGGAAAACUCUGGAAGUGUUGAGUCUCAAACAGUGUUUGUAAGGGGUUUUGAUACAUCUUUAAGAGAAGAUGAGAUAAGGACCAGUCUGGGAGAGCAUUUCAGUUCUUGUGGACUAAUUUCGAGGAUAUCAAUUGCAAGAGAUUAUGACACUGGUUCUACUAAGGGGCAUGUUUCUUUCAUUGUUCAUUGUUUAUAA